AUGCCUCUUCCUUCUCAGACAUGGUUUAAAAACCAGCGAGCCAGGCUGAAGAAACAACAGAAAAAAACCCUGUCCGAACAAGCCAAACCGGAGGAGGGGGAGAUCGCCGAGUGCAGUGCCUGCCCGCGGAACACCAGCCCAGAUGACAGUAACUGUGAAGCACGUGAGGCUUGUGCCCCCGACGACGAUCUCCCUCAGGAUCUCCAACAAAUUAAGCUCCAUUUGCUUUGGCCUGCCAUUCUCUUUGACACGGACACACUUGUGAAGCUGUAUGCCUUACCUGGGGAGGAUGAUCCCGACAGCUUCCAAAAGUUUUUGUUCUUCAAAAUUGCUACUAUUGUUGGUAUCAUGGUUGGGUCCUAUAUUCCUGGGGGCUAUUUCACUUCAGUCUGGUUUAUAGUUGGCAUGUCCGGAGCCACUUUGUUCAUCCUUAUCCAGCUGGCGCUGUUGGUAGACAUGGCUCAGUCUUCGAAUGAAUCAUGGGUAAAUAAGGAAGAAGGAAAUCCAAGGGUCUGGUCUGGGGUUUUGCUCUCUGUUAUAAGCUGCUUUUAUAUCAUGUCAAUUGGCAUUGUUGUGGCACUCUGUAUGUCCUACACCAAACCAGAUGGAUGCACAGAAAACAAGUGCUUCAUUAUUAACCUGAUUUUGUGCAUUGUGGUUUCUCUUAUAUCCACCCACCCAAAAAUUCAGGAAUAUCAGCCUCGUUCAGACCUCCUUCAGUCCUGUAUAAUUACUGUCUACGCCCUGUACCUCACAUGGUCAGCUAUGACCAAUAAACCUGAUUGUUCCUGCAAUUCUUCCUUUUUGAGCAUCAUUACACACUUAACUGCACCAACUUUGGCUCCUGGAAACACGACUGCUGUUGUUCCUACCUCUCCUCCAUCAUCAAAUAGUGGACACUUUCUGAGUUUUAAUGAUCUUUUUGUUGUUGUGCUUCUCUGUGGUAUAUGCCUUGGGUACUCUAGCUUCCGUACUUCAAGUCGUAAAAAGCUGACCCUCUGGGGGAGCAACAGUGUGAUCCUCAGUGACACCAGUGGAGCCCGUGAUGAAGAUGGACAGCUGAGGUGGGCCAUGGACAACGAGAAGGAGGUGCAGUACUGCUGCUCCCUAUUCCACCUGAUGCUCUGCUGUGCCUCCUUGUACAUCAUGAUGAUCAUGACCAAUGGGUACAGUCCUGAUGCCAAGUUUCAGAACGAUAGCAGCAAGUGGGUAGCUGUGUGGGUCAAAAUCAGCUCCAGCUGGGUCUGCCUGCUCCUUUACGUCUGGACUCUUGUGGCUCCACUUGUCCUCACCGGCCGGGACUUCAGCUGAGUUUCUG